AUGGUUGAACUGGACUUUCACGGUUGCGCUUUAUCACAGAAGAAGCGUAAGAUGACAAGCAACGAGUUCGGUUCCGUAAAUCUCAACAAAUCCAAGAACGAAACGUUUGAAAUAUCUACCGGAGACGUAUUCCUAGCAAUGGAUGCAUAUUUUCCACCAUCAACUCACAUUGUUGUUGGAAUAUAUUUAACUAUAGUAGGAAUCUUAGGGACGAUUGGAAAUGGAGCCAUCAUCACAAUGUUUAUUCGUUUUCGAGCUUUAACCACGCCAACAAGCCUCUUACUGAUCAACUUAGCUGCAUCCGAUUUAGGGAUAUGUCUCUUUGGUUACCCGUUCUCCGCUUCUUCAAGCUUCGCCAAAAGGUGGCUCUUCGAGUACAUCGGAUGUCAGUUAUAUGCAUUUACGAGUUUUCUCUUUGGCUCUGCUCACAUUGGGACAUUAGCUCUUUUGGGAUUGGACCGUUAUAUGAUGACAUGUAAGAUUGACCUCAGUAAGAGAAGAUAUAUUCAGAUCAUAUGCUGUGUUUGGGCCUACGCUAUUUUCUGGGCAAUGAUGCCUUUCCUGGGAUGGGGAAGGUAUGGGCCAGAGCUUAGCAUUGCCACUUGUAUUAUCGACUGGAGACAUAACGACAGCAAAUAUAAGUCCUUCAUUAUCGCUUACUUCGUCCUGGGUUUCCUCGUACCUUUCUUGAUGAUCGCCAUUUGCUACUACAAGGCUGCUUGUCAACUAAAUCUCAAACCUUUUCCUUUGCAUCUUCACAGCACCACUUGUGAUCAGUGGGCUAAUGAGCGUAACGUAACAUUAACGUGUAUAGUGGUUGUCAUCGCCUUCCUGGUAGCCUGGACGCCAUAUGCUACACUGUGCCUUUGGACAGUUUUCCGACCUCCAUUUACUGUUCCCCCUUAUUUCACUUUGAUGCCACCUCUUUUUGCUAAAGCUUCAGCCGUUUUCAACCCCAUUAUUUACUACGUGGCUAAUCCACGUCUACGCAUGGGGAUACGUGCACUCCUCAAAUGCUCUGACGAUUUUCCCAACGGGAUGGAACCGAAUAAUCCCGAAGCCUUAUCGGAAAUACGACAAGUACCGAAUAAUCCCGAAGCAUUAUUGGAAAUACAUCAAGAAUCGCGUAAUCCCGAAGCUUUAUUGGAAAUACGACAGGUAUCUAGUAAUCCCGAAAUCGUAUUGGAAAUACAUCAACUAUUGCGUAAUCCCGAAGCUUUAUUGGAAAUACGACAGGUACCGAAUAAUCCCGAGGCCUUAUCUGAAAUACAACAGGUUUCGAGUAAACCCGAAAUUACGUCGGAAACACCAGAAUAUAUCUGAGUUUUUAUUCAGGAAUCACCUUUAAUCAGCUUCAUUAGAUGAUGAACUAAAUAGAGAUGUUAUCAAGGAAUUGUUAAAGUCCUACAUGUGUGGCACUAUUUGUUUAAGUUUUAACAGAGAUUAACUUUGAUAUAUGAGAAAGAU